CCCACCCCGGACCCGGACCCGGCCCCCAAAUCUCUGCCUCUGCCCCCGGCUUCCCCGGAGACAGAUCCAGCCAUGGGCGCCGCGGCCAGGAGGGCGCCCGAGCAGGAGCAGACCUGCAAGGCCACCGAGGACUUCGACGCCGCAAAGCCGCCGCCCUUCCGCAUCGGGGACGUGCGCGCCGCCGUGCCCGACCACUGCUGGCGCAAGAGCCCCCUACGCUCCCUCUCCUACGUCGCGCGCGACCUCGCCGCCGUCGCCGCGCUCGCGCUCCUCGCAUGGGGACUCGACACAUGGCUCGUAUGGCCGCUCUACUGGGCGGCGCAGGGAACCCUCUUCUGGGCACUCUUCGUCCUCGGGCACGACUGUGGUCACGGGAGCUUCUCGGACAGCGGGACGCUCAACAGCGUCGUCGGCCACCUGCUGCACACCUUCAUCCUCGUCCCAUACAACGGAUGGAGGAUCAGCCACAGGACACACCACCAGAACCAUGGCCACAUCGACAAGGACGAGUCAUGGCACCCGAUCACCGAGAAUGUGUACAAGGAGCUGGAGCCAAGCACCAAGAAGCUACGCUUCUCACUACCAUAUCCGCUCCUGGCUUUCCCUGUCUACCUGUGGUACAGAAGCCCGGGCAAGAACGGUUCGCACUUCAACCCAAGCAGCGAUCUGUUCAGCCCCAAGGAGAGGCUUGACGUGAUCAUCUCGACCACUUGCUGGUUCACGAUGAUCGCGCUGCUCAUCGCGAUGGCGUGCGUGUUCGGACCACUGCCGGUGCUCAAACUGUACGGGGUCCCAUACGUUGUGUUUGUGAUGUGGCUUGAUUUGGUGACGUACCUUCACCACCAUGGUCAUCAGGACCUCCCUUGGUAUCGCGGCGAGGAAUGGAGCUACCUCCGUGGUGGCCUGACGACCGUGGACCGGGACUAUGGGUGGAUCAACAACAUCCACCAUGACAUUGGCACUCAUGUCAUCCACCACCUCUUCCCCCAAAUACCUCACUACCACUUAGUGGAAGCAACCAAGGCAGCAAGGCCAGUACUGGGAAGAUAUUACCGUGAGCCGGAGAAGUCAGGUCCACUGCCAACCCACCUCAUCAGCAUCCUUCUCAGGAGCUUGAGAGUCGAUCACUUUGUCAGUGAUGUUGGAGAUGUUGUCUUCUACCAAACUGACCCAAGCUUGAGUGGUGAAAACUGGACGAAAAAUGGCAAGCACAUGUGAUGCAAGAUUGAAACUGAAGUUACUACUGUUCCUGGAGGAAUGCCUGGUAGAUAGAAGUACCAUAGCCUGCUGAAUAAUAAGCAGAAAAAGGGCUUCCUGCUAAAAUCAAAGCAUGCAGCUCUGCGACAACAGACAGGAUGUGUUGAUUGGUUGACUGAGAUUCAGAUCAUUCAUUAUAGUUAGCAUUCUCCAACUGUGGUUGUAGCUAGCAAUCUUAUUUUCAACCAUUACAAUUUUUGGAUGUGGAAUUAUGUAACACCUUAAUUGAACUUCUUAGACCAUUGAUCAGUCUGGAAUAUGUAUGUGCCAGGCCUGGGAGAAUGGAUAUUAAUUUUGUGAGACAGAUUAAGCUA